AUGUCUAAUCAUUACGAAUGCAAUAGUAGCGCUGAGCUAGAACUGCUAUGGCCAUGUUCUACGUUCUUGCUGUUGCCGAUUCUGACUGCCGGCUGGGAGCCCUUCAGCACGAGGCUGAUGAUGGCCGAGCUGGUGUUGUCUCUUGCCAGUCUGCUUGCCGACCUGCAGUGCAUCAGAGAAUACCAAAAGUCGGCAUCUGAAAAAGGCGGUACGCCAUAUUUUAAGCUUGAGUGUCUUGCGAAGGACGGACAAUGGUAUUGGAUCGGUGAGCUGAUAUUCAGAGGUCUGUCCCGUCUGCUGUCGACUGGAGAAGGAGAAACGGGACGGGAAGUCUGGAAGCGACCGUUGGCGACGGAUGGCGAUGGUGUUCCGGAUGCACCUUUGAUUAUGGGCCGCAAGACUUCUCGGAGCGGCCAAACCAAGUAUCUCAGGCAAAAAGUUGGGAUAUCCUACAGCCCAGUCGGCAUGGCAGAAUGGGGAAACUCUGAAGGAGAAUUAGAUGACACUGACUGGCCCGAGCGGACGGACGGAGAAGAGCGUCAACUUUCUGCAAUCGUCGGCCAUGGUCUGAACGACGAGAAGGGUUCACAAAAAAGAUUUCAGUUCUCGUGCCAAUGGACAAAUGACACCGAAGCUUGGGAGGACGAGCACGAGGUGUAG